AUGGCUGGUGACCGAGUUCUAGGAAAACCCCCCAGACCUCGUCUAUCUCACUCACCGUCAUCAGCCUCAAACUGCAGUGAUCGUCGUCACCAGUAUAACUAUUUAACUUCUAAAUUGAAUCAUAUUACACAAAAUCAGUGCGGUAUCAAGAUAUCUAAAAAUGAUUGUGUAAAUAUCAAAUGUUCUAAACAUCGAGAUAGUGAAGACUCUAUUUGUGUAACUAGUCAAGAUGACAAUGAUAACGAUAACUAUGAUGUUCAAAAGCUGUCCGACAUAGUUAACCAAACAUCUAUUUACAAUGAUGAUGACGGUGAAGAGUUAGAAGAAGAGAAGGAUGAUAAUAAAGAAUACCUUGCUAAAAAUCAAAUAUCGCAGUGGAUUGAUCAAAUAUUAGAACCCAGUAAAACUCUCAAUAGUUUAUCUGUUAAUUCCGCCAAAUUCAACCAUAAUCAGAAACCUGAAGCAGUUUAUUCUCCUAUAUCAAAUCCGGAAGAUGAUAUUUUAGCACAAUGGCGUUUACGUCGUCGUAUGGAACAAGCAAGAAUGGAAAUUUCCAAGGAAUCUUACCCUCGAUCUAAUGAAUAUAUACAAUUAGCGACACCAUUCUCAAGUAUAACUCUACCGCAAUAUUCACAAUUCCCUGAUCAGAAUAAAACAUCUUAUAAUCUACCAUCAAUAUGUCAAUCAACAUUUGAAUCAAACAAAUCGUUUCCAAUUAAAAUUCACAUUAAAGAUACGUAUGUUCAAUGUGAUAUUUUAAAAAACUCUUCAACUAAUGAUUCACAAAUUCAAACAAAUCAAAGUGUUUUGAAUGCUUCAUUCAAUUGUUUAAAAUCAAUCAAUUUGUUCAAUGAAUCGAAUAUACGUGAUGUUGGGACAGCGACAGAUGGGAUUAUUUCUAAAACAGGUUUGGAAGCAAAACAUAAAUCUAUUCGUGUUAUGGUUCGACCACAAUCAAGAAAUGUUAAACUUCAAACACCAUUGAAUAUGAUAUCAUCCAAUAUAACAAAUGGUUCAAAUAAUCGUCCCAUGAAUAAAAACUUAUGCAUAUCUGUGGAUAAAACAUCUCAUCAACAGCACCAACAGACAACAACUAUGACUAUGACCAACGAUACUACUAUUGCUGAUAACAAUACACUAGUGGAUUAUAAUAUUCGCGUCCCUCAGUUUUUACCGGUUGAUAUCUCUGAAAGCGCUCAAUCAAUUGAAUCUGACAGUUGGAUAUGGCCUGCAACUCCUCCAUCAAUAAGAAAUGAUAAGAAUUCAAAUCACUUAACAACUAGUACUUGCGAUAGUUAUAUUGGACAAGAAAUUGAUUACCAGCAACACCAUACAUCCCGCCCGUCUGAAAAAAUAUCAAAUCAAACCUCUACUCACUUACCUGGUCCUACGUCUACUGAAUUGACAUCCAGUAAAUCUGCUUUCGAUAAGGAGGUUCAAAUAGGUUUGACAAUUGCGCGUUAUAUGGAGGAAAAUUUGAAUAAUGUGGAAGGACCUGAUCAAAGAUUCCCUGAGGAUGAAAUUUUGCACGAUCUACGAAGACGUCGAACCAAUUGUAUUUUGAAAAUGAGAUUAGUUAUGAAGCAAAUUCAUGAACGAGAAGCUCAACUGUUGAACAAUUGA